ACCACUCUAACCUAAAUUCAAACAUUAUCAAGUUUUUUAUUUUUUUAAAAAGUGCAUUAUUUAAGUGAGAUGAGUGACAAUAUUUUUGACUGUUGCAUCGAAACACCAAAAGACCCACUAGAAGUCUUCCACACUUACACAGAUUUACCAAAUUAUGUGAACGGUGAAAAUUUGGAAAAUUUGGAAAUUGCUAUAGAACAAGUUGACGUUAUCACCAGAAAAGUAAAAACUAAUUGGCAUUACCUCCAAAGUGUGAUUUUAAACGAAAUUACAAUAGCUUCAGAUGACUUAAUCAAACUACGAGAAGAAAUCAACAAGUGUCUGAGACUGAUAAUUGAAUGUUUAAAGUGCUGUGAGAGCGAUAUUCUUAAGGAGAGAUACCUUACAUCUUCAUGGGUAAAUAUCAAGAAAAUUGCACAAUUAACAUUACCAAUAUCUGAAUUAGAACAAGACAUUUAUUUAAAAUUAACAAGUCCCAGAAAUAAGAAUAAAUGCCCUGUAUAUCAAUACUUUCACACAUUUUUGGACCUACAGUUUCACUUACUGAUAUUUGAUCAUAUUUCUGGAAACAAUGAGGAAUUGCAAAGCCGUAUUAAUAUCGUCGUUAUUGAUUUAAUAACAUUGAGUGUAAGUGCUCACAAACAAAAAACAAACUCUGCUUUUGUUUGUAAUUGCACCCAAAAAUUUUGGCUGAUUGUUCAACUAUUAUGUGAGAAACAUUUGGAAGGAUCUUUCUGGAUGAUAUUUAACAAAAAUGUGGAAAAUCUCAACGGUGAUUGUAUUUUAUGGCUACUUAAAGAUGUAGCAAAGAAUUUGAAACAACCCAAUUACACACCAUUAGAAUCAGCAUUGAAAAAAGUCCUAUCGGGGGGAGAAUUCACCACAAUUUUACCCGUUUUGAAGUCUUUGGAACCCCUUCUGUGUGAUUUAUGGCUAAAGUCAUCAAAAAUUGAAAUCUAUCAAACUCUAUGGGAUUAUUUUAGUAAAAGAUUGAAUGUGUCAUCAAGAGUCAAUAUUGAUUUUACUUUAACUCAAUUAAUCGACUUGAUUGAUACAAUAUUAUGGUCACGGAAAGAUUGUGAUUAUGAUUUUGAACUGUUUUUGGCAAUGUUAACAACCCAUUUAAUCGAACAUCCCUACCAUUGGGGUAAAAUGAAAGGGCGGAUUUACUCCCAAUUGGGGCCAAAUAAAUUAAAGGAUUUGCAAAACAAUGGGAUUUUCAACGUUUUGCUUUUGUACCUCGCAUUGACCAAAGUCAAUUUUGAAGAACUCUCAAAGAAAUUCCUUUCAUUCAUUGAAAACUUACCACAGGAAAAGAAACAAACUCAAUUAAUUUGGAGUUUUUACGCUGCUUUUGUGGUUCGCCACGUGCGUGAAAACCGCGACAUUGAAACCAUCAUCCAACCAUUCAUCAAAAUGUCAGAAGAAGCAUCAACCGAUCAAAAAUUCUUCCACUUGAUCAAAACAUUUGUCUCCGAUUUUGACACCAUAAUCACCACCAGUACCAACCUAGAACUCCACCAAUGGCUCCUCAUCAACAGCUGGAUCCACCAAUACAUGACCACCUGCUACUACCCCGACUUGCUAACCCUUCUUAAUCUCCUCCUGAGAGUGAUUGAACGAAUCAGCAACGAAUUACUUUGGGGCGAAUGGGAGUCCUCAUUCAAAAACAACGUUUACCCCACGUUGAAAUACGUCGCUGGCUCACGCACGGCCCCUGAGACUUGUGGUACUCUAGCGGCGAAAAUAGUCACCCUGAGUCCUAGCUUACACGCCGAGGCUUUCACGUUUUUCAACGCUGAGAACAUAGCCCCCAAAGUUUCCGCAAGUUUUCUCUGUGUCAUCCUCGAGAAUUACCCAAACUUUUUUCUAUCACCGGCUCAGGAAAUUGUCGCGUUGCAAAGUUGGGUCAAAUUUUGUCUCUUGACACGAGACGGGUAUGAACAACUCACGAAGAAUAUUAUCAAGUUAGAUGUGAUUCCCCCAUUUAUUAAAACUGCCUUGAAAGACAAGGACCCCCUGUGUGCUUUUAUUGAAUAUGUCGGUGGUAACAAAGAGUAUUCACAAUCGGUCACGAUGCAUAAAUUGUGUGAGAAUUUUUUCGGGCAGGCUGACCGUUGUAUUAACCAGUUUUUAUCACAGCCUGAUAACGAAGGAACUGUUUUAAGGAUCUAUACUUGUAUAGGACUCGCUUUUUACAAAAUUGGGCCCCUUUUGUAUAACAAACACAAGUCGAGUUGUCCCUACGCCCGUCUUGUGUCCGCUACAGUGUUACCAACUGAACUUAUGAUGGGGAAACCUAUCCAUACUUUUGUACUGCAAAGUGUCAAAAAAACUUGGCAUUUGUUUUUCGAAGCUACUGUUAAAUUAAACACUAAUGAUGCGUUUUUGGACCGAAUUUUGCGCGAUUUGGUUACAAAAUAUGUGCCCCAUUUUGCAAUUGUUGACUCUCCAAUGCUCAAAUGUCUCGAUAAUGACACAAACGCUGAGAUAAUUUUAGAUAAAUUAUCGAGUGUGUUUUUCAAACAACCUUCAAAAGAGCCCGAAUCUAACAUUUUUAAAUCAUUAAAAUUAGUUAAUGAUUUUGUGCAAAGCACAACAUCGGAAAAAUCACUAAAAUUAGUUGUAAAUAAAACUCUGUAUGGGCUUUUUGAGGUUGUUAUGUUUCACAAUCAGAGAAAUAUGGCGAUAAAUGUUAUAAAAAGUGUCACAUCUUCGGUUUUGUACCCCAAAGUGAAGUCCGACUUUGAGGAUACUAUAGUGUCAUUGACUGAAAAACACUUGGCUUUUAAUAGCCCCAAUUAUUUUCAGUUGAUGGGACAUUUGGCACGUUUGGUGCCCCAAAGUGUGAAAAACACAACUCCGCGAAUAAAACAACAUUUGUCAAAUGUGGAGCGAAUGCGAGGGGUCGGUUAUGACAAAAACUUGCGUCUUAGUUUAGAAAAACUUGAAGCAUUGUUACAUAAAUCCUAAUUGUAAUUAAUAAAUUAUGGUAAAUU